UUAACAUGGCUGAACCAGAAAAUAAUGCUAAUAAUCCACCACCAGAGGCAUUAGCACUGACAGUUGUUGAAGAAAAACCUGCAACCAAAGAAGAAAUUCCUGAUAAUCCUCCACCCGCUGAACCAAAAAAAGAGAUUAUGCCAGUAGUAAAAUCACUUAAUUCCAAGAAAAUUGUGCUUCCAAUAGCCCUUCUUACUUUUCUUCUUUCUAUUCCAAUUCUGUUUUUAGGUAUAUGGUUGCUUUACAUUCAGCAAUAUGAUUGUGAAGGGCUGUUGAAAAACUUGCCCAGAGUGCAAAUUGGGGUUGGCAUUGGCAUGUUGAUUAUUUUCUUCCUAAGCAAUGCUGUGAUUUACACCAGGGCUAAGUUUCCCGUACCUGGACUCGUCGUGAUCGUCGUGUUGAUGAUUUUGACGCUCGUAGUAGGGCUCGGGAUCCUUGGAGAGUUUAAGAUGGAGAGCCGAAGGAUAGUUGCUUCACCUAAGUGGCUUGAACUGAAGGUGCAUGAUAAUGAUAAAUGGAAUGAUAUCAAGUCUUGCAUAUAUGAUACAAGAACAUGCAACGAUUUGAUAUUCAGAUCGUAUAUGCUCGAUACCAAUGGUAUCUCAACGAGUAAUUUGUCCCCUGUUGAG